GCUGGAGAGCUGGGCGGAAGGAUGUGGCUAAAUACCUCGGCUUAAAGUAGAGAAAAGGUUUUUGUCACCCUUUGCAUUAGUUUUGUGUGUCCCGUGUGUAUGCAGUCUCAUCUAGACCUCACUUCAAUAGAAACCUGGUUUAAUAUCCUUUGCUAUGUAUCUUAAGUGUGUUAUAUGAGCAUGGUGAGCUUUAGACAUUAGAAACAGCUGUGAGAGGGGAACUCAUCUACCAUCCAGGAUACAGUACAGAUUUUUACGACACUAAAUAGCUCCGUGGUUGUUGUGCACUGGAAAAGCUUUAGGGCGGAGAGAGACGGAUGCGGACGGACAUCGUGAUCCCUGAUAAUACAGAAGAGAAGAGAUGCUCCACGAGGAUUAUUUUAAACCUCCGUGUUGACCUCUCAUCCCAACCCGAGGAACAGGAACAGACACGAUUGUGCUUCAGAGAUUCCCAGAAGCUAAAUAAUCAGAAAUAAAUGCUGCCCGUUACAAUUUAAAGCAACGAGGAGAGAGGUUAUAAAUAGCAGAGCGAAGAGGAAAUGGAGCGUUUUCUUCGUGCCUGGAUGAGGAAUGUUGCCAUUCAUUUACAGUGACUGACAUCUCAUGUGUCUCGUGAGAGUUAUUUUAAGGUUUACCCGCUGUAAUAACAAUUGACGGUGAUUCUGUGUACAAUAUGGGGAGCGACAGUGAAAUACUGAACCGGGAGCUGUCAAAGAUGUCCGAUGAAGACUUGCUGGCUUGUUCUAAGGAAGAGCUGGUGAGUCGACUCCGCAGAGAAGAAUCGGAAAAGAUGUCUGCUCUCAUACAGCGCGGUCGAUUAAUCAAGGAGGUCAAUAAACAACUGCAGGGACAUCUGCUUGAAAUCAGGGAACUCAAAGUCAUCAACCAGAGGCUGCAAGAGGAGAACCAGGAACUUCGGGAUUUGUGCUGCUUUCUGGACGACGACCGUCUGAAAGUGAAGAAGCUCGCCCGUGAGUGGCAACUAUUCGGUCAUCACGCUGCUAAAGUGAUGCGCGAGGACCUCGGCGGAUACCUCAAGAAGCUCGCCGACCUCGAGCGGAUGCAAGACGGUCUGGUGAAGGAGAACCUGGAUCUGAAGGAACUUUGUUUGGUGCUGGAGGAAGAGUGCGUGAGCAGAAGUGAUUCCAGCCCUGGUGGCUCCACGGAUCUCAACAUACCGUGUAUGGUGGCCCGGGACGUGGGUGACGGGAGCUCCAGCACCGGGAGUGUUGGCAGUCCAGACCAGAUGCACUUGGUGUGUUCACCAGAUGACUGAAGGAGAGGAGCAGAGCCAUAUUACUUUACCCUUCUCUCUUGAUGCUGAGACAGACUUUUUAUGUCUAAUAAAGUAGUUUACAUUUUCUGACAAUGACAUCUCAGCUAUUUCGGUGGAAAUAGACCAAGACUUCUAAAGCCGGCUAGUUUACUCAUGGCCUUUUGACGCCACAAAUACAGUUUCUCUAUAUUUCAUUGAUUAAUAUUUUAUAGUUGGCAGACCUUUAACACAGGCAAAACAGAAUUAUUUUUAAGCUUUAAGGUGACAGCCUUUCCUUUCAGUAUCACUCAUUCUGCUAAACCAUCUUAAAAGGAUGGUUAACACAGAAAUGAAAGUUUUUUGUCUUAUUAACUCCCCCUGUUGUCGUUCCAAACCUGUAUGACAUUCUGUUGUGGAAUACAAAAGAAGGUGUGUUGAAUAACUGUUUUUAUCCAUAAUGUAAAGGUCAGUGGUGUCUAAAGCAGAAUUAGACCCUAUUGACUUUUAUCAUGUGGACCAGUGAUUUGUAAACCCCUAGGGGGCUUUAAGGGAACUGCAAUAAAAAAAAAAAAAAAUUAAAUACCAUAUUUUCCGCACUAUAGGGCGCACCGGAUUAUAAGGCGCACAUUUAAUGAAUGGCCUAUUUUAGAACUGUUUUCAUAUAUAGGGCGCACUGGAUUAUAAGGUGCAUAGAAUAGAAGAGACUGCAGUCAAACGUUUGACUGGGUUUGCGUUAUGCAUCCACUAGAUGGAGCUGUGCUAAAGGGAACGUCAACAUUUGACAGAGCGCCUUGAUCCAUAUAUAAAACGCUCCGGAUUAUAAGGCGCACUGUCAGUUUUUAAGAAAAUUAAAGGCUUUUAAGUGCGCCUUUAAUUUAAUACGGUAAAUAAAAAAAUAUAUAUACUUUUUUUACUAUCAAAAGUAAUACUACACACAUUCCGGCAAAAUAUGUGACCUUGUGCCACAAAAUAUCGGGUCGGUUUUUUAAAUUGAUAUUUUUACAUAAUCUGAAAGCUGAAUAAAUAAGAUUUCUCUGGUUUGUUAGGAUAGAACAGUAUUUAGUUGAGAAAAUCUGUAAUCUGAGGCUGCAAAAAAAAAAAACAAUUGAUAUUGAGAAAAUCAACUUUAAAAUGUCCAAAUUAAGUUCUUAGCAAUGCAUAUUACUAAUCAAAAGUUAACUCUUAAUAUAUUUACACUAGAAAAUGUACAAAAUAUCUUUAUGGAACAUAAAUGGCUACUUGGUUAAUGGUCAAAGUUGUUUAGCUGCAUGUCAAAAAAAUGUAAUUAAAUUGGGGAAUUAUUAAAAUGGACAAAAUCUGUAUUUUUCAUAAUAUCUUCUUUUGUGUUCUGCAGAAAAAAAGUAAUACAGGUUUGCAAGGAACGUAAAUAAAUCAUUUUUGAUUUACUUUCUUUUUAAGAUGGUAGGUUUGUUUUUAGAAGAUGGUGGCUGGUUUCUACCUGGUCUAAGCUAGUCGAAACUAUUUUGACCAAGAUGACCAAUUGGUCUAUAAGAUGGCCUUCCAGCUUGAACUUUCUAGGAACCAUCCACCAUGUUCCAAAAGCUUCAGAUUUUCAAGUAGGUCUAUUUAAUUAUUAAUAGCAUUAUUUGAAUGUAUGAUUUUCCAAGUGUUUCAGGAAUGUUUCCUCUCAUCUCAUACAGGGGUUGUAGAUAGGGGCAAAAUAUUUAGUUUUGGGGCUGACAUUUUAAACAACAUUGGGAGAAACUAACCAUACUGCUAACUUGUUCCAGGUUUUACUGUGCACUGAUCUGUUCACAGGCUGAUGUUUCUCCUACGAUGCACUAUGACAGGGCUGCAAUGAAUCUUGAAUCUUUAGAGAUUCACAUUUUUACUGAUUAGAGCCAUAUACUAUGUAGUGAUCUGUUAAGAUCAUUUACAAAAAGCACUGAAUCUUUUUCAGCAAUGGAGAGGAAAUAGUAGUAUCAAAGGAUUGUGGAAAGCAAAGCCUCCAUUGUAAGCAGAUCAGGUUUUUUGACGAAAUAUGGCUAUAUCACGGAGGCCCAAGAAUGAUUCACUGGAAAUGCACGUUACAAGACCACUUUUUUACAAUAUGAGAUCUUUUCUUGUUUGUUUUGAACUGGACAGUAGAAUUCACUAGAUGUAGUGACGUGUGCUCUACUAAACUAUGUUGCUGUGCUCUGCACUGAAUCCAAAAGGAACUAUCUUUUGCUUUAACCCCACUUUAACUACACAGCUGUACUGUACAAAGCUUUUUGUGUUAAAUUGUUGCUUUGCCAAGACUUUAAUUAAUACACACUGAAUUGACACUAAUGUUUGGAGGGGAAAACAUUGACAUGUAGUUUUAUAAUGAUUGUGCUAGAUAUUGUUAUUAUUAUUAUUAUAGUCAUUUUUGUUGUAUUUGCUGCAUACUACAAGACCCUCCUACAUUGGAUUGUUCUGUUGUACAUGUUUUAAGUCCAAAUAUAUGAUCAGUAUUAUUUCAGUGACUGCACUUUUAUAGCUACAAGACCCAGCUCUCUGAUUGGUUAGCGUUUGCUUUGUUUCAAGCUAUGCUCAUUGUGUGUGAGAUAGCUUUAAAUACACUUGACUGACACACCA